CUCUCUCUCUCUCUCUCUCUCUCUCUUUCUCUCGGUGGGGUGAAAGGUUUCAACCAACGCCUCGAUGCUUUAUCAUUUCGUUCGCCUCGAUCUUAGAACACCCGGAACAUAGAUCUUUCCUUCGAAUCGCUCCGCUUCGAUCUUGCGGACGCUCCUCCCCCUCUCGUCUCAUCGUUGGCUCCGCGGAUAGGGAGCCGUGGCGUCGGUUGGGGCUUGAUCUGGUGGUUCGAUCUGAGAGAAAAAUUCCCAUUCUCUUGGACUGGGAGAUGGCGGCGCGGCCGAAUCAAGUGGCGGACAUGCGGGUGUUCGAUGCGUACUUCAUGAGAGCGGAUUUGGAUCGGGAUGGGCGGAUCAGUGGCCACGAGGCGGUGGCUUUCUUUCAGGGAGCCAAUUUGCCGAGACAGGUUCUGGCUCAGGUAUGGAUGUAUGCUGAUCAGAAGCGAGCUGGUUUCCUUGGACGUGAGGAGUUCUACAAUGCACUGAGACUUAUAACAGUUGCACAGAGGGGUAUAGAACUUACACCUGAAAUCGUACAGGCAGCCUUAAAAUCUCCUGAUGCAGCUAAAAUUCCUGCACCAAAGAUAAAUGCGGUGCCUGAUCCUGCAUCUCAGAUGAAGUUUGGAGCCCCCAAUACCCAUUCCUCUCAGAUGAGUCCUAUGGGACCAACUAAUCAAAAUCCUGGCUUUAGACCAACUAAUCAAAAUCCUGGCUUUGGGCCAAAUAUUCAAAAUCCUGGCUUUGGGCCAACUAAUCAAAAUCCUGGCUUUAUAGGGCAACCACCACAUCAAAACACUGGUAUGAAUCAGCAUGCUUUUCCCACUGGAAACAAUUUGAUGAGGCCACCUCAAGCCACACCUGUUGCUGUCAGACCUUUUCACAAGGAAGUUGGCCAAGUUCUACCUGGUGGUAGUAGCACAGCAAGUCCGUAUCCUCCAGGUUCAAGUUCAUCAAAUGUUUCAACUGAUUGGUUCAGUGGUAGGAAUAGUGGAGCAUUAGGACAGGGAACUCCACAAACUUCUUUUCCUGGGGUUUCCUCAGUCAACCAAGAUGGCUUUGGGGUAUCCAACUCUGGAUCAGCUCCUGGAACAGGGUCUAAACCUCAAAUACUUGCUUCAACUGCGACUUCAGUUCCAUCAAAACCUGGAGAUGCUAUAUUGCCAUCUUUGCAAUCAGAUUCAAGAGCUUUGGUUUUAGCUGGCAAUGGCUUUUCUUCUGACUCGACUUUUGGUGGCGAUGCUUUUUCUGCAACUCAGGCAAAACAAGAAAAAAAUGUUUCUAGUUUCUCUUCAAUUACUACACCUAAAUCUUCUAGUAUUGUCCCAUCUAUAUCUGGGUCUCAGAACUCCAGCAAACCACAGAAUGUUGAUACUUGGCAAAGUAUGGCUUUGGUUCCUUCCAGUGACAACCAGUUGCAACAAACUCAAUCUCCAGUCAAACAAAGUCAAUCAGGCAUGAAACAGAGUACUCCAGCAAUGACUGGUUUAAGUGGUCCAGUUGGAAGCGUUGGCUCUACUUCCUCUCAGCCCCAGCUUUCAUGGCCAAAAUUUACUCAAUCUGAUAUCCAGAGGUAUCUUGUAAUAUUUAUCAAAGUAGACACUGAUAGAGAUGGCAAAAUCACAGGUGAAGAGGCACGUAACCUAUUUCUCAGUUGGAGACUACCUAGAGAGGUCUUAAAGCAGGUGUGGGACUUAUCUGAUCAGGAUAAUGAUGGCAUGCUUUCUCUUAGGGAGUUUUGUAUUGCUCUGUAUUUAAUGGAGAGGCAUCGAGAAAAAUGUCCUCUUCCAGCUGUUCUUCCUGAGAGUGUCAGGUCUGAUCAAACUUUGCUACUAGCUACAAACCAACCCUUAACUGGAUAUGGUGGUCCAGUUAGCCAAUCAACUCCUGUACAAGGGACAGCUCUAUCACGGCCAGCAGUGCCUGCUGUCUCAGUGAAGCCACAAAUACCAAAACCAAUACCUUCUCAGACUGAUGAUACUAUUCAAUCAGUAAAGAAAUCGAAAGUGCCUGUGUUGGAAAAACAUUUGGUUGACCAACUCAGCAAGGAUGAACAGAGUACACUGCACUCCAAGUUCCAGGAGGCAUCAGAUGCAGACAAAAAGGUCCAAGAACUGGAGAAGGAGAUAUUAGAUUCCAAAGAAAAAACUGAAUUUUACCGCUCCAAGAUGCAAGAACUAGUUCUUUACAAAAGUAGAUGCGACAAUAGAUUCAAUGAGAUAACUGAAAGGGCAUCUGCCGAUAAACGGGAGGUUGAAUCUUUGAUGAAAAAAUAUGAAGAAAAAUACAAGCAAGCUGGAGAUGUGGCUUCAAAACUUACAAUUGAAGAGGCAACUUUUCGUGAUAUUCAGGAGAAAAAACUGGAAAUAUAUGAUUCUAUACUGAAAAUAGAACAAGGUGGAACUGCUGAUGGUUUGCUUCAGGCACGAGCUGCUCAUAUACAAAAGGAUCUCGAAGAGCUUGUAAAAGUUCUAAACGAACGAUGCAAACAAUAUGGAUUGCGUUCUAAGCCAACUUCACUGAUUGAGCUUCCUUUUGGUUGGCAACCUGGCAUACAAGAAGGGGCAGCUGACUGGGAUGAAGACUGGGACAAAUUUGAUGAGGAUGGUUUUGUAGCUGUAAAGGAGCUCACAAUUGAAGUGGAGAAGGUUGUGCCUACUGAAAAGUCCAAGCCUGAAGAAGUUAGAAAAGAAAAACUUUCUACAGAGGAAGUGUCGCGGGCAUCAUCUUCUAAUGGUGAGAACAAGACUGAGAAGCAUUCCAAUGGUGAGAAUGAGACCGAGAAACGUUCCAGUGAUGAGGAUGAGACUGACAAACGCUUAAAUGAUGAGAACAAGACUGAGAAGCCUUCUACAACCACAGUGCCUUUGACUGAAAAUGGAUCUACCAAUCUUGACGGUGAUGAUAGCUUAGCUAAAAGUCCCAGCAGUCCUGGAACAAGUGCUUUGGAAAGUCCUAAAGACAUUCACCAUGUGUCUGUUAGACAUGAUGGCUCACCCCAUGCAAAUGAAAACAGCAGUGAUCAUGAUGCUGCUGAAUCCUUUAUUUUGGAAGACAAGCAUGCUGGUGAGCCUUCAUGGGGUCCAACUUUUGAUCGCACUGAUGAUACUGAUUCUGUUUGGAGCUUUAAUCCAAAGGAGAGUGAUCAUCAGAAGCGAAGACAAAACUUCUCCUUUGGGUCUGAUGACUUUGGUUUAUUUCCUCCAAUCAAGACGGAUUCUCCCAGUGCAGCUAGUGUAGCUGGAAAGGAGAAGGGCCCAUUCUUUGAUUCUGUUCCUAGUACACCUUUAUUCAACUCUGGAUUUUCUCCGAGGUUUACCGAUGGGCCAGAUGACCACUCUUUUGAUAGCUUUUCCCAACAUGAUUUCUUUGGCACGAAUGACACUGGUGCUUUUGCUCAGCGUGAGGGCCUUUCAAGGUUUGACUCAUUUCGUAGUACCACUGACUACAGCAGGGGUGAAAGCCUUGUGAGGUUUGACUCCAUCCGCAGCACCGCAGACUACAACAGCAGCAGGGGUGAAAGCUUUGCAAGGUUUGAUUCUAUGCGCAGCACCACUGACUACAACAGCAGCAGGGGUGAAAGCUUUGCAAGGUUUGAUUCUAUGCGCAGCACCACAGACCACAGUAGGGGCUAUUCAUCCUUUGAUGGUGGUGACUUGUUUGGGUCCGAACCAUUCAAGUCCUCAGAAAGUCACAGUCCUAAGAAGGGAACAACUAAUUGGGAUGCAUUUUAGUGAGAGUUCUUCACUAUCAUGACAGAUUUCUGCAGUCUUUCUGUUUUCAAGCAUGAGAGCAUGAUUUCCUUCUCCCUGUAAGAUAUGAACAUGUCUUUUUUUUGCUGUGUCGUGUAUUCCUUAUUAUUUGUUGUUUGGUUACUUGAGAGACUAUGGAUCCAAAUCUUGUGCUCUUGGUGCCCUUGAUGUGCAUGGUGGCUUGUAUACUACAGGGACCUAAAACUUCAAUCAGACCAUAAUGCAUUGUUUCUGGAUCUCUGCUGA